AUGGUCUUCGACAUAAAUGAAUAUUUAGAGGGUACCACUGUUGUCAAGGAUGAUGAGGUACGAGUUGAAGCACCAAGAUCUGGGAUGGAAUUUGACAGUAUGAAAGAUCUUACAGCCUAUUAUAAGCAGUAUGCGAAGCAAGAGGGUUUUGGUGUACGGACACAAAGGACUAGGAAAGAUGAUGAAGGGAGGCCUGUGUACGUGACUGUUGGUUGUGCCUGUGGCAGAAAGUACAAUCCUACGAACAAUAAUAUCUCGAAGCCACGACCAACAACUAGAACGGAUUGUAAAGCGAGAGUAAAUGCGACAUUGAGCAAGAAUGAUAAAUGGAUUUUCACCACUAUUGAAAAUGUGCACAACCACAUAACUGUGAGCCCCAAGAUGACAAGAUUCUUGCGAUCUCACAAACAUCUAGAUGAAUACAGUCAAAGGAUCCUCGACCUAAAUGAUCGAGCUGGUAUACAAAUGAACAAGAAUUUUUAUUCUCUUGUCAUUGAUGCGGGGGGUUUUGAGAAUCUUCAGUUUCAAGAGAAAGAUUGUCGGAAUUUCAUUGACAAGGCUCGACAUUUAAGGUUGGGUAAAGGUGGUGGCAAAGCACUUAAUCAGUAUUUCUAA